CCAAUUCUUUCUUUCCUGUUCUAGUUAGGUGGGGCUGUUCACCUUCCUUUUGUCAGGAUUCUCUUCUCUCUAGUCCCGCAAGGCUGACAAAAAUAAAGAAAUAGAAGUAAACAAUAAGAGAACUCACCCUACAUAACCACUAGAUAAAAGCAAAUAUGCUAAAAUCUGUUCUCUAUCAUUUUAUCUUGAUUACCUCUUUCUCUCCAUAGUAUUCUUCCGUUGUUCUUUAGCUUUUCUUUCCCAUAUGAAGACAAUAAUGGCCAAGAAUCCUCAUGACUCUUCUUUCUCUUUCUCCAGGAGAUACUUCAACAGGGGAAAGAAAGUUGUCGAGGAUGAAGAAGAUGAUGAUGAGGAAAUCUUGACUUUCAACUCCUUCUCACAUUGUUCGGAAGAGUUGAAAGAUGAUCAGGAGCUUAGAAUCACAUUGCCUGCUGGUGCAAUUCAACCUGCUCCAAGGAAAAAAACCCUUCCGAUUGUGGCAGUUUCUAAGCUCAGAUCAGCUCUUACUGUUUUGAGUGGCCGGUCAGGCUAUCACUCAGGUACCAGAGUGAUAGGUACCCUUUUCGGGUAUCGUCGUGGACAUGUUCAUUUUUCAUUUCAAGAAGAUGCAAAACAGAAUCCAGCUUUCUUGAUUGAGCUUGCAACACCAACAAGUAUACUAGUCCGAGAAAUGGCUUCUGGGUUAGUUAGAAUUGCACUAGAGUGUGAAAAGAAGGCAGGUAAAAAAGCAGGGAAGUUGCUAGAGGAGCCUUUAUGGAGGACUUACUGUAAUGGUAAGAAAUGUGGGCAUGCAACGAGACGUGAAUGUAGGCCUGAAGAUUGGAAAGUCUUGAAGGCUGUGGAGCCAGUUUCAAUGGGAGCUGGUGUUUUACCAGGGAAUGGGGCAACAGGGUCCGAAAUAGGGGAGAUCAUGUACAUGAGAGCCAGGUAUGAGAGAGUUGUAGGGUCAAAAGAUUCAGAGGCAUUUUACAUGAUGAAUCCUGAUGGGCCUGGAGGUCCUGAACUUAGUAUUUAUUUGCUUAGAGUUUGAUGAGGCCGUGUGCCAUGUUGGACGUAAUUUGUAGUAUCAGGCUAUCAGCAUCUACUUGAUAGCUGCCUUGUGCUCUCUCUCUCGUUUUAAUUUAUAGAUAUCAGCAAAAAAAAGGGACGGUUUCUCGCA